GCAGUCUCUAAUGAAGGCUUCAGUUCACCAAAAUGGUUCGAGUUGAAAAGGUUGCUUAUUUCUCUAUCUUAUAUCUCGUAGCUUGGACUCUUCAACUAUGCAUUUCUGCAGAAAUGUACGAUUUCAUUGUGACCAGAUUGAUUUGUGAGGAUUCUGAUCCGACCAUCAUCGCCAAUGCUUCCUGUGCGACUCGCAGUUUUAAUCGAACCACCAAAAUGCACAAUAUAACUAUAAACGUCCUUCCUAAGGUAUCGCUGAAUGACAUUUAUUUCAAAAUGUCGUUCUAUCAGAAGAUCAGCACAGGAUACCGACGGCUUAUACUAAGUAUAGAAGACCAUUUUUGUGGGUUUCUAAAUGGAACUUCACAAAGCUUUAUUAUUAGGAUGAUAUGGCCUUUCUUAAAGACAUGCGGCAACCUGGAUCACAAAUGUCCCUUCACGGGUUACGUAUAUUUACAUAAUGUUGUCGUCAAAAGUGACUAUUUUCCUCCUGCAUUACCGGAAGGACAAGGAAAAUUUGAGAUACACAUCCGAAAUGGACCGAAGCGAGUUUCCAUAAUUAAAUUGAUAUUGUUUCUUGAAAUAAAGCCUAAAGGUGCCGCAAUCUUAAAUUUCUAGGAAAAAUCA